AUGGAAGUGUCUCCUAAGGCGCGGAAUUUUUUGUGGUGUGCGUGCACAAACACACUUCCCGUGCGAGCUGCUUUGAAGAGGCGGCAAAUCAUUGAGGAUGCUCAUUGCCGUUGCUGCCCAAACAGCAACGAGACAUUAUUUCAUGCUCUCAUGGGGUGCGAGAGAAUUCAAAGCCUAUGGGUUGAUUAUGGUUGCGAAGCAAUGAUCGAUGGGGGUGAAGACAUGGAGUUUCUCGAUCUAUUCUUGAAGUGGAUCCUUGCCCAACGCAUCUUUCGCCAAGUUGAGGAUUUUAACUCCUAUACUCAGUGUAUCUAUGUUGGGUUGUGUAGACCACAUCUGUCUAGGCCAAAUCAAUGGUGUAGUUCGCCUGAUGAGUUGGUGAAAAUUAAUGCGAAUGCAGCGUUGAAUGAGGAAGGAUGGGUCGGUAUGAGUGCAAUGGCGAGGGACAAGGAAGGUAAGGUGCUUUUUUCGGUUGUUCGACGCAUGAAAGCUUGGUGGCCAUCUGAUGUAGCAAAGGCAAAAGCUAUCCAUAUGGCUAUGUGUUGGCCCAGAAAGCAAGGUUUGUCGAAGGUCAUCAUUGAAUCUGAUUCUCAAGUCAUUAUCUCUCGCCUCUCCAAAGCGGCUAUCUACUAUUCGGAUUUGGAUGCUAUACUUGGUGACAUUAUUUUUCUUUGUUCUGAUUUCCUUUUUGUUGAGUUCUCUCAUGUUGAAAGAGAUGGUAAUUAUGUUGCCCACCAUCUUGCUAGAGUAGUGCCUUUGGGUUAUGAGCAAUGUUGGGUAAAUCAUUGUCCUAGUGUUGUCUGUCCUUAUGUACUUAUGGACACGUUGUCCCUAAAUUAA